GACUUCCGUGCAAAAAUGUCCCCCAUCCGGUUGCGGGCCGGUCCGUUUGGGCACGGCGCUCCGGUCGAGCUGGACCUCGCCGAUAUGUCGCGAAGGUGCGGCGCUAACCGGAAUGCCAGCCCAACCGGCAAAACCGCCAACACACAAAAGCCCGUCUGUGUUUACGAGCGCGGCGACGUUUGGUCCGACCGCGCCCCGCCGGUGGGCGGGGUCAAAGGCGGCCCCGCCGGCGGCGGAGAAGGCAGCGGCGGCGGCGAGCGUCCGCUCGGCAGUUCCCAAGCCAGCAAGCGCCCGUGCCGUCCUUCCAGAAGUCCCGAUUACCGCCCAUCCAUGGAGUCCGCCGAGGCUUUGGCGGCCAACCAGAAGAGCCGCAGGAACGUCACCAUCGAGAUCACCAAUCUGACCAACGGCUUUGUCCUCAGGCGCCCCAGGGUGCACCUAGAGAGCGGCGACUGCCACAGCCCCCCGCAGCCCACCGUGCGGCCCAUGCGCACCGAAGUGUGCAACUUCAACAAGACGGACGCCGCCGCCUCGGGCGCGGUGGGGGUGCUCACCUAUGAAAUCCACGAGCGUGGGUCGGCCGCCGCCAAGCUGGCCAUCAUGUUCUCCGUGCCUUACGACUUCACCUUCUACAAGAGCUGGAUGGGUGUGGGCAUCUUCCCCACCGACCGCGAAACCGACGGCAAGCUCUACAAGGAGAUGUAUGAAAACAAGGAGCAGAGGGGCUUCGUGCGCCAGCUAGCCAACGGCAACGGCCUGACCUACGAGAGCGGCAAGAUGGACGUCAAGGUCAACAUGUCGCCCUUGGGCAGGGCCAUCAUGAAGGUGGAGCUGUGGGACUUGCACUUCCACCCCUGAGGGCCAACGCCGCAAAAGUGCGCAGAGGCCCCGCGGCCACCAGGUCAAUUAAAAAAAAUAAU